AUGUCAGUUUCCUUAUCGUACAUGUGUUUGAGAAUUCUCUCGCUAAUUCUUGGAAUCGAUAUCACUGAUGUGUCUGUAGCCGCCAUUACCUCAAUUUACAAAAACCUUGAACUGCUCGAUCUGAGUGGUUCCAGCAUUACUUAUACUGGCCUCGGGAUGAUCUGUGAUUUCUUACCUGAUACACUCUCAAAACUACUUGUUAAUUUCGAUACGAACCACAAUGUGUAUUCUUUCAGGCGGCAUUCAGUUUGCUACUGCUCAACUGCCUCUUCUUGA